AUGAGCUGCAAUUUGAAUGGUUCUGUUCCAUCCACCUUUGCCAACCUCACCAAGCUGAUUUAUAUCGAUUUGUUUGCCAACUCUUUGACCGGCUCACUUUCCUCUACAUCGUUUGAAGGUCUUUCCGAUCUCACUCAUCUGAAUUUGAGGUCCAAUUCAUUCUCUGGUGACAUUCCCCAAUCUCUCUAUGCUCUCCCUUCAUUGUUGCUACUUUAUCUUGGAGACAACCAGUUUACUGGCACUUUUCAACUCGAUAGCUUGCAAAGCCUUGCCAAUAAUCUUACAAACCUUGACCUAUCUAACAACAACUUGUCUGUAGAUGUUGGAAGUGGGAACUCAAGUUCAUACGGACGUCUCACGUUAAAACAGCUAUACCUAGCUUUGUGCAACUUGUCUGAAUUUCCAUAUUUAAUCAAAUUUAUGGAUCUAGAGGAAUUGAUUCUCUCAAAAAAUCGUAUUGCAAGUGAGAUACCUAGUUGGAUUUGGGGAACACGACUUGAUACUUUAUACCUCUCAUCUAAUCUUGUAACGGGUCUGCAGAAGCCUUAUCAUAUCCCUGCUUCUAUUCGGAUCAUAGACUUAGGCUCUAAUCAGUUGAAGGGUGAGUUAGAGCUGUCUAUUCCUCCGGAAUCUACACUCUUGUCCUUGUCUCUUAAUAAUAACAGUUUAAGUGGAUCAAUUCCAACCUUCCUCUCCAAUGUCACAAAUAUCGACCAUCUUGUCUUGUCUGACAACAAAUUAAGUGGUGCCAUUGAAAGUGCGAAAAGUGCUCAAAUCCGAGUGACGAAAACUAGUCUAUCAGCCAUCCCCGUUGGCCUACUUGAAAACAUUGGAGUGAUUGAUUUGAAGCAAAACAACAUCAUUGGUAACAUUCCAGAUAUUAUUUCUAUGGAGUGUACACUACGUUAUUUGGAGCUUAGCAACAACAAUUUAGAAGGAAAGAUCCCAAAGUCCCUCGAAAGGUGCGAGUCAUUAGCGUUCAUGAAUGUUGGGUACAACAACAUCGAUGACACAUUCCCAUGCAUGCUAUCGUCCACGUUAAGUGUUCUUGGUUUGUGCUCCAACAGAUUCUAUGGAGAUGUGUCAUGUCACAAGAGCUGGUCAAGGCUUCGAGUUCUAGAUAUAUCUUCAAAUAAUUUUGGUGGAAGUCUGGAAUCAAUGAACUUCUCUAGUUGGAGUGGAAUGAUGAUGGAGAAUGUGUCGGAUUCGUACUGA